GGUCAGCCCCCUCCUCAUGCACUGUGUGUUAUCGAUCUCGCUCACAUCCAAUUACAUCUCACUAUAGGGCAAUUUGAGGACAGACUUUCCACAAAUUCUCACCAUCACCGACAACAUCUCACCGACGUCUGCUAGCCAUGAGUAUCUCUUUCAUAGGGAGCUUGUUCUACUCACAAUUCCUCUGCCACCCUAGCUUACCUCAGGUGGACUGCUCCGGAAAGACCGUCAUCGUCACGGGUGCCAACGUCGGACUUGGCAAGGCGGCCGCGGCACACUUUGUCAGCUUGAGUGCAACAAAGGUCAUCAUCGCAUGCCGCUCUGUAGAGAAGGGCGAGGCCGCAAAGACCGAGAUCAUCAAAUCCUCCAACAAUGCAAAGACCGCCAUCGAGGUGUGGCCGCUAGACCUUUCAGACUAUGAAAGCAUUCGGAGCUUUGUCAAGAGGGCCAACAGCCUAGAGCGUUUGGACAUCGUAAUUGAGAAUGCGGGUGUCAUGGCAGGCAAAUUUGAGCUCGUGAACGGACACGAGAACACCAUCGCGAUCAAUGUCAUCUCGACCUUCCUCCUCGCCUUGAUGGUCCUGCCUAAACUUCAGGAGACGGCGAAGACCUUCAGCACGGUCCCAGACCUGACAAUUGUUGCCUCUGACAUGCAUUACCUUUCCAACCUGUCGGAGCAAAAGUCUGACAACAUUCUGAGAGAGUUCAAUACACCAACGGAUGAUAUGGUAGGCCGCUACGCCACAAGCAAGCUUCUGGAGGUCAUGAUCGUCCGGGAACUCGCUCGUCGAAAUCCAUUCAAUCAGCUCGGCGUCGUCGUCAAUUGUCUCACGCCAGGAUGGUGCCACAGCACCCUCGACCGCAAUAGCAGAAGCGCUGUCGUCGAGUUUGUCAAAGCCCGCAUCGCGCGAACCACCGAGGUCGGAGGAAUGACCCUCGUCGAUGCUGCCGUCAAAGGCCCCGAGACCCAUGGGAAAUACCUCCAGGACUGCGACGUGCGCACGCCUUCACAGGUUGUCGAGGGCCGCCAAGGUCCCGAGCUCAUGCGGAGGUUUUGGGACGAAUUGAUCGCUGAGCUGGAAAAGGUGGAGCCUGGAGUCAGUGGGCCAUACAACGCACAGAAAUGAUGGGUUUGUCGAAUGUGUUGGUUGUCGUUCGAUGAUGAUGCAAAAUACGAAAGUUACUGUCAGGGCCCGCGUUUCGGUACUUUGAGGGCUUUUAUGGUUUUGAGGUCUAGGGCCGAACACACUGUCCUUGUAGUUGUAAUUGAAUGACGAGUUCAAAAUAAGCAAUCCUUCAACGCCCU